GUGUGGCCCUGUAGAUAACUGGUUCACAGCGGUUCCUCAAGAUUGGCUUUUCAGUCUUGUCUCUGGGAUCUGCACUCCAAACAGAGCCAGGGUGUCUUUCGGGCUGCAUUCAGUCUAGUUUUGCAAUGCAACUUAACUUCCCGUAACCUUUAUUCUUUGCCUGGGGUGGCUGUACGGAGCUCUUUCCUGUAUGGCAGGUACCAUUCAGUCACUAGAAGAGCCCAGCCAAGUUCAGGCUGGGAGCGUAGCCUUUGCGUACAGAGGGAGAGCCUUCUCCCACACCUGCUGCUGGUGAGACUCUCCAUGAGUGACAGUUGUUGGUGUUUCAGAAAAUCAGCUGGUCUGCAUGUGCGUUGCUUUAUCUGACUGGACUAAUUUUGCUGGAUGGGAAUGCUGUACUUCGACAAACUGGAAAAGGAUGAAAGAAAUAGGUGUUUUGCCUUUGCCUCUCAGAGUUAGCAUCUUCCUAAAUGGGAUGAGCUGACCAGGAGAUAUUUCUGUCUCUCCUCAACUCUCAGCCCUAUUCUCACACUUGCAGCUAGCUCCAAGGUGCAGGACUUUGCAGAGCACUUUGUGGCUCACAUUGGUUCAGCCCGAGUUCAGUCACCCAAAACCUUGCAGGUCUAUCUUGAAACAUUAUUCAAUCUGUCCACUAUGGAGUUUCUUUUCUUUUUUUUUUCACUCUUGCUUCUGACAUCAUUUCCUGAACGCUAUAUUCACUGAGCUCUGUAGCCAGAUCGUCUUCUCAGCAUAUGAUGCAAGGAGCUCUUUAAAAUGGAUUUCAGCUCUUCUUUUACUCUGCAGUGCUUGCUGGUGAUAAUAACUGUUCCUCAUGGCUCAGUCACCUGGACCGGUGUGCUCAGUGGCGGCUCAGCAGUCUUUUCUGUGGGAAUUCAAAGUCUGCAGAACCUCUCCAGAAUGAGCAAGAGGGAUGUGAAAUGCUUGACAACUGUCUUAAAUGAUAGUUUGUUGGCCAAGUGCGGCAAUUCUGCCGGCAGAUGCCUGAACUUGCAGAAUGGCUCUCUAGUGCUGAGGAGUGUGGAGAAAGAGGAUGAAGGAAAAUAUGAGUUUGUUUUUCACAACACCACCAGCACUUUUACACUGGAAGUGUUCGAGCCGGCCAUUGGUAUCCAGUGCUUCCCUAAUGGGACUGGAGAGUUGUCCUGCGAUGUGACCAGCAGCAAGGGCACCACCUUUCAGUGGCUGCUGAAUGGCACUGCGCUGAGCACCCCUGAGGCUUGCAUUAAGGAUGGUGGGAAGAAGGUUCGCCUGGACAAAACCGUGCCUGGGGAAUUUGUAUGUGAGGUUUACCAUGGGAGCAGUGUCACAAGGACCAGGCCCAUUGUGCUGUCUUGCAGUUAUGGAGACCUGCUGCAGUACCCGUGGUUCAUUUACAUCCUGGCAGGAUGCGCGGGGGGUGCGGUUAUCCUGGUGGUAGUUGUGUCCUCAGUCAUAUGUUGCUGCAUGAAGAGGAAACACAAGUUCAUCCCAGUGCCUUCGGAGGAGGAGAAGGAUGACGGACUAACAAUGUCCGUGGUCUCCAGUGAAGGUGUGAAGAGCCCCCCUGAUGGAGACCAUGUUGAGGCUCAAGCUGCCCAAAUCGACUGUCCUUCAAAGCCUGAUGCUGCCCAGACUGGUCAAGGCAUUGAGCCUGAGCCCCCUGUGGAAGAAAAUUUACCAGUGGAGAUAGAACCUGAGGAAAUGCCAGACCCAGCGGUCAUAAUUGAUGUGGAAAGCCAGGAAAAUGCCUCAGACUGUUUCCCGGAUCCAACUGAUGACUGAUCUGGUGUGCUUGCCAUUCUGCCCUGUCUUGAAGCCUAUGACACUCGUCCUUUGCAUCCCAUAGUCUCAUUGUGUGUAAGAAUUGUUCUGGAAAAUUUUAGCAGGGAAAGAUGUGAGGUGUCAGGCCUGCUAACCUCAUUUAAAAAAAAAAAAAAAGAAAAAGUAAGAAAAAGCACAUGUGUGGCUUCAAGGCCAUGCUGCUGUGGGCUGACAUGUUCACUAACAAACUAAACUGGGCAGCUCUUUGAUGCUUUGCCUGUUAAUAGACUGGCAGUUAACCUGUGGAGCCCUAGAGGACAGCCUGAAAUGAGAUGGGAGGUUCUUCCUGCUCCUUGCCCACCACACGCCUUGCCAUGUCUUCACCAGCCAGCAGUUCCUGCAAGGGGCAGGCAUGACAGGUGGAUUGAGGUGGCCUGCCAGUCCCAGACAGAAACAAGGACCUGCCAGAAAUUUCCUGAGAAAGCCUGUUCUCAGGAGAUUUCAAGGCGUUUUUCACAGGCCCUGCCAAAAAAUCUCAAUGGAGGUUUCAGCUAGGUAUCUGCUGUGCCGGGUGUUUAUCUGAAUUGCUCCUCUGAGCUCCAGACCCUUUGUGAUUUGGCCCUGACCACUUGCUGCGUGGGGCCAGGAGUGGUGGUAGGGGCUGCUGUGUGCAGACCCCGGGAGGCGACGCUGGCUUGCUCGCCUUUCGAUAGCCUGUAAUGGCAGGGGGUUACCGGUUACCUUUUGCCAGAACCUAACUGCUUGGGUUGCCAGUGAGUUAAAACAGCUCUGUCAACUAGCUUGCUUGCUUGCAGCAGAAGGGUGCCUGGGGCUUGAGCAUGUAAUUUUGGCAGAAAUGUUGAUUAUAAUGCUGAGAUUGUUCAUCAGUGCAAGUAUUAGUGCCUUUGGUGUAAUGGUUUAGCUACUACAAGCUGAUUAAGCUGGCCAUCUGCCUGUGCUUGUAGGCUUUUUCAGUGCUGUAUUAUUUGCACAGACAGCAGCAAUUUAUAGAAUCUCUUAGGCAAGUCUUGCUGCUACACACGUCCUGUUCUGCUCAGGGGAGGUUUGAAAGCAGCACAGCUGGGGUAGACCUGCAGGGAAGAAGGAUGAGGAGAGGAGAGGGCAAGGACUCAGUCCCAGGCAGCAGGUAGCUGAGUCCCUGGCAAAGCUGCCAGGGGCUGCAGGGCUGUCAGGCCACAAGGAGUGCUGCAGGAUGCACUGCCAGAGCAAGGUAUUGCGAGGCAUGUUGGUGUUAAACUAGCCCAAUGCACUAGAAAGGCAUGGUAGAGUAAAAGCAGAGAUGGUACAGAUCGGGGAAGAAAAGGAUGGGGAGGCAUGAAUUGCAUUCCUUUCUUCCCUUGUCAUUUUGUCCCUGUUAUAUAUCGUGCUGAUGUUGUGCCAUGAAUCCCUUGGAAAUGGAUUUAAGGUAUGCCCUGUAAAUGCCACCCAACGAGGUCUGCAAGUACCCCAGCAAAAUCAAAACAAAGCCGAAUGCAUCUCUCCCAGGCGGGGGAGCUGGCGGGACGGCUGCAUGCUUACCUGAAGUCCUUCAUGUCUGUGUACAUGGCAAAGCUCUGCAUUGGUGACGCCCAGCCGUUGUUGUUUCCUUGUCCUGUGACUCUGUUUAGAAGAUUUUUGGAUCUUGUGUGCUGUGUUGGUGGUGAUUCAGCCUGGCUCUGCUUUUUAAGGCUGCCGUAGGAAUCAGAUUUUCCACGGUAAGAGGGAGAUAAUAAGUCUUUUCCUCAUGGUGCUGCACUAUCUCCUGUCAGUACAAACAUUCCUCAAAGGCUGUGAGUUGAAUGACAGAAAUGUGACGCCGAGCGCUUGGGGUGGCAGCUGCCAGUAGGUAGCACAGUGGCAGUGAUACUGGGUGAACAGGGGCCAUCACUGAAAUGGGGGGACAUAGUCAGCUUUGUUUCUCUUCUGCACUUUCUGCCAGGGACAGGCAGGGGACAGUCGACUCCAGUACAUGCUUCAAAGGCUGAACGGUGCUCUGAGGUGCACUGGAGAAAAUGCCAGCAUUUCGGCUGCUAAGGGUGGCAGAGCUGGGCCAGCCUUGUCCUGCUGGGCUGGUGCGUCCCGGCUCCAGCUUGCCCUAGUGCUGCCAUGCUGCUGUCAGCCCUGGGAGGGCAGCUGUUAGCACCACCACGGGGGUAACCCCAGUCUGGGAAGGAUUUUUCCCAUUGAGAUGGAAAUCUGAGACUCUUUAUGAGGCAGGUAGGACAUGGCUGGUUUUCUGUCCUUCCCUGCUGAAGAUGCCAGUUCAGCAAUGGGGGCAAAGGUUUUUGUUACUGUUAAGUCAGGAGAGAAGUCGUGCAGCCUGUGCUCUUCCUUUAACUGUAUGUGUUCAUGCCCAGCUAUUGUUCUUUUUUGGUGGUUUUUUUUUCUUUUCCCCGCGAUGAUUUUGUUCCUAAUAAAAAGAUCUGUUUUCUAACUUG